AUGCCCAAAGAUGCGGCAGUUACAGCAAAUAAUGCCGAAGAAAGAGAUACUCCGGCGAGAUCAGUUGAAAUAAAAGACGAGGCUAAUCUUGCAGUAUCAGAAAGUGGUACGGAAGAAAAAGAUGUACUUUCCCCAUCGCUUCCAGAGAAUAAUGAUUCCUCAAAUCAUCUUGAAAGCGAUACUGCUUCUGGUGAUGCAGCCAGUUUUGUAAUCGCAGGAAGCAGAAAAAGGAAACCGAAACGGGGAGCAGUACAUAAGUUGGAUCUGGUUAGUUUUGCAAGUCAAGUAAAACCAUCAUUGUCGUUUGGUUUUUCUAACGACCACAGUUCUUCAAAGGCUAACGUUAUUUCCGCAGAAGCUGCUACAGCUAAUGCUGAAAAUCUUGGGAUUUCUUCGAGUCUUUUUGACUGCAUGUCUUUGGCUGCUAAUUUGAUUAAUGGGAAUGCCAGUGCUGUUGCCCAUCAGAAUCUUUUGUCAAUGUUAUGUCAACAGCAACAGCAGCAGAAUGGUUUGCAGCAGCCUCCUGCAUCGGAAACUCCGACUAGUACUGAAGAUACAAAUAAUGACUCUCUGGUUGCUAAUUCCUCACAGUGUGAAGCUUGGAUGGGCGAAAGAAAAGAAGAUGAGGAAAGUAAUGGUGGGGCAUCGAUAUCGCGUUGUACGAAUUGUAUGGCCACGAAAACUACCGCUUGGCGAAGAGAUCAGUCAGGGAAAUUAGUUUGCAAUGCUUGCGGAUUGUAUUACCGUCUUCAUAGGACAGCUAGACCCGUUCACAUGCGUAAAGAUACCAUACAGCAACGUUUUCGUCGACGUGUCAAAGACGAUGAGUCAUCUGCAGGUGGAGGAGGAGGUGCUCAGUCAGUGUUAUCGUCGUUAAUGUCGCUCUCACCAUCGACACAGGCCACUUUUGCAUUUCUUGAUCCUCAGAACUCAUUGCAAACGCAUAAUCAAACUUCUAUUUUUGACUAG